AUGUUCAUAGAUGCAUGGCAUCCAGGCGACCACUACAUGUCUGAGGACUACAAACGCGUGGCCAGGCAUCGUACGCGCACGCAGUCUCCUCCACGAUACUACUGCAUAGACUUUAGUAUCUCCCGCAAAUACGAGGCGUCAAACACCAACCCAUCAGAAGUACCCAUAUUUGGUGGGGAUAAAGAAGCGCCGGAGUUCAAGGAAGACAACUAUAAACCCCGGAACCCCUUUCCAACUGAUGUUUGGUAUUUUGGACAUGCUAUUCAAGAAAUAUUUCUCGAUGUAAGGCGCAAUAACGACUUCUCAUCUUGCAUAUCCUGA